AUGAAUGGAUGUUAUCAUUACCUACUGUUACUGAGCUUGCUCGGUUCAUUAGAGAAAACUAUUUCAAUCAAUCUACCAAAUGUAACAAUUCAACAUAUAUGCGAACAUGAUUUACUUUUUAUUAAAUGUUCAAAUAUAAACGAAACAAUACAAAUUGUACGUUCAAUGUAUGGACGUACAUCACAAAGACUUUGUAAUUAUGAUCUAACUAAUCAAAUAUCUUCGAGAACAUGUGCAAAUAUUGAACAGUCAAAGCAUCAAACAAAACUUCGAUGUCAAAGAAAAUCUUCAUGUCAAAUACUUAUCGAUAAUGAUAUUUAUGCUGAUCCUUGUGGGCUGAACAUAUCAAAACAUUUUGAAAUACAUUAUCGAUGCUUAGACUUCGAUGAAAUUUGUUCGAAACUUCUUCAUAAUUGUUCAUUAUCGAAAGAUUUAAAAUGCGUAGAAAAAGUUCAAGAUGAAUAUUCAUGUCAAUGUCCAUCAUCAAUAUGCGAAUAUAAUCAUAAGAGACAAUUAAUCGGUUUUGCUGAAAAUACUUGUUUAUCAGAAAAUUUUCAAGGAAUCGAUUGGCCUAAAACACUUGUUAAUAAAGGUCAACAUAUGCCCUGUCCUUAUCCAUGUACUGGUCAAAUAUUUCGUUCUUGUCAUAUGAAUAGUCAAUGGUCAAAACCGAACUAUACAAAUUGUCAAUGUUCGAUAAAUAAAUUUGAUCAAUUAUCAAUGCAUCAUUUAGCUCACAGCUAUGUCUUUCAAUGUAAUUUUUGGUUAAUCAAUAGACUUUUGCCUAGGGAUAAUUCAUGCAUAUUUGAGACAAAUGACGAUGGUCCAGCUACUUGUCUACUAAGUGCUUUUGAAAAGAUGUCAUUUACAUCCUGUGCAUCGUUUAGUAUUGAUUUUAAGAAUCUUGGUUUUGAAAUAUUCAUACCCAUGAAUGAUCAAAGAAGAUUUCGCUUACCGAGCAUGCAUGAAAAGUUAAAAACACAAUACGGUGCAAGUCAAAUUCUUAUUGAUAAAAUUUAUAAUUCACAUGCAAAUUUGCCUAUGAUGUUUAUUGAUACAAAAAGUUCAAGUACAACAAGCAAAUCAUUGAUUUUAGUUGAACAAACGCAUAAUACAAGUUCAAUGCAAACGGCUAAUGUAACCGUCAUAUUUAAUCAUCGCUCAUCCGAAUUACGGUAUCAAUGUCGAGCGUAUCGUUCAACACAUUCGUCGUUUCAAAUUGAUUCAUCGGAUAUAUUUUUUACAUGUCAAUUAUUAUGUUCGAACGGUAGUCAUGUUAUAUGUCAAUGUCCAUUUUACAAUCCUUUUAUGCAUUACGUGUUACAAGUUGAUACUUCAAUAUCUGAAGAUAAUUUUGAAUUGUCACUGAUUGAUAAUGAUUUACAAGACAAAUGCUCAGUUGAUUUGCCUGACACCUCAUUGCAACAAUCAAUAAAUAGAAUUGAUUAUUAUCUUGAAAAAUUUUCGUCAUUUCAACAAAAGAAGAUUUUAGCCAAAAAACUUAUUUCAUUUAUUGAUACGCUCAUUGAUAAUGAAGAGGAAUGGUUAAAUAAAAGUUUCUAUUCGAAAUGGAAUUUAGCUGUUCGAUUUAUUCAACAAUUAGAUUUUAUUGGUUUACAGUUAACCGAUGUCAUCGUGAAUUCAUUUAUUUCAAUCAAUGAACAUAUUGAAUUUUAUGUUAAUUCUCAAGAAUUUGGAAAUAAAGAUCAAUCCGUGAUCAUUUCAAUGGAUGAAAAUAUCAAUUCAACAUUUUUUACUAUAUCAAAAUUAGAUGAAUAUCUAAACAAUAAUCUAUCAUCAGCUAAAUUAAACAGUCCGAUUGUUAGUCUACAUGUUAAACUAAAAGCUAUAGACAAUAUUCGAAUCACAUUUCGACAUUUCAAUCCACUGAACAAUUCUGAUCAAAUGCCAACAUGUGUCUAUUUAAAAAAUAUUGACAAUGCAAGUACUUUUCAAUGGCGUACUGAUGGAUGUUAUUUAUUAUCGGCGAAUUUCACACAUUCAAUAUGUUCAUGCAAUCAUUUAUCGGCAUUCGCUGUUCUCAUGGAUGUUCAACAGACAUUUGAGAAGUCAAUUAUAAAUAUGCACAGAGAUCGAUUAUCAUUUAUAUCGAAAAUUGGAUCUACAACAUCGAUUAUUUGCUUACUGUUGACGAUCAUUAUGCUAAUGAUAAGACGUCAUAUGGAUGUUGAUGAUGAUCUAAUGAUUGUUCGUAAUGUUCUUCAUAUUAACUUGUCAAUUUGCUUAUUAAUUGCUCAAAUAUUAUUUCUCUUCGGUAUUAACCAAAUCACUUAUAAACUCGGUUGCCGAACAAUAACUAUUUUACUACAUUAUUUUCUUCUUGCAACGCUGUCAUGGAUGUUUAUUGAUGCCAUUGAAUUAGUUAUCGCAUUAAAACAUAUGUUAAAACUCGAUCGUAUCAGAAUAUUAGCUUAUAUUUUAUAUGCGUAUGGAUUUCCAUUACUUAUUGUUAUUCUGUCGAUUGUUUUGUCAACCAAUGAACAUCAUUCGGAAGCAUACUGUUGGUUUUCCUAUGACACUGCAUUUAUAUGGGCGUUUGCUAUUCCGUUUGUUCUUUUGAUUCUUACCAAUAUUUUCUUUUUUAUUGUAUCAAUUUAUGCCAUAUGUAAACAUUUUAAAACUUCGAAUUCUUCAAAGGAAACCAGAUAUUUUCUGCGUGACAUCACCGCAUUAUCCAUACUAUUUGGUAUAACAUGGCUCAUAGGUUUAUUUCAUUUGCAUGAGCAAAUUUCAAUUAUCUUCUCAUAUGUGUUUACAAUUUUAAAUUCAUUUCAAGGCUUGCUAGUAUUUAUUUUUAUUUGUCUACUGAAAAAUCCAAUGAAAAAUAUUUAUAUUCAUCGAAUUAUGAGUAUUUAUAAAACAUCAACGAUCGAAGAGAAAUCAAAUCAGCAUUAUAAUACAAGUAGUAGUGGUUAUAGUUCAGCGCAUUCAUCAGAUUUAAAUAAACAAAUUUUAUCAUUAGAUCAUCAAUCGACAUUUCGUACAAAUGCAGAAUAUUUAUCGAGUAUGCCUAUUGGGCUACUGAGCACAUUUCGUUAUCCGAAAUCGAAUCUGCCAUUGCCAAUAGCACUCGAACAAAAUGAACAACUAUUAAAAAAAUAUAAAAUCGAUCUAAAUCAUCAACAAGACGAUCAUCAGUAUUAUGAAAUUGGUUAA